UUUAUAAAAAGCCUCACCAGAUCGUCUGGCCGUUUAAACAGAGACAACGCUACCAGUUCGGUACAGGGGCUCGCGACUUUCACAACUUUCAACAGCCAUGAAGAUGCUAGUGUCGUUCGUCCUUCUAGCAGUGAUUGCUACAGCACAUGGUCAGGCGUCCUCUCGGCAGAAGGACGGCUCCUGCCCGCCGGUGGAUCUCGACUCCUUCGGUCUGUGUGCGGACCUGUGCGAUGCGGACCUGGAUUGCCCAGGUGAACUGCUGUGCUGCCCUAACGCCUGCGGCGCCACCGUGUGCCAGGAGCCGGUACUGCACUCCACGGAGGCACCGCCUGAGCCCCCGACAGAUCCAUGUCUGGAGGUGACGUGUGUACAGCAGGGAGCGUCAUGUCAGGUGAUGAACGGACAGCCAAUGUGCAGGUGUCCUUCAGACUGUUCUCGUUUUGGGCAGUCCCCAGUGUGUGACAUGUCCGGGAACUCUUACAACAACCAGUGUGUUCUGGACGCCGUGGCGUGUCAGCUGGACAUCACCCUGGAAACGGUCAAGUGUCCACAGCCAACCGAUCCACCUCGUCCGCAGACCACACCAGCCCCCGUUACCGAGGCCCCGGCUACCGAGGCCCCAGCUACCGAGGCCCCGGCCCGCCCCCAGCCCGGCACGUGCACCCUCCCGCCGAAGACCGGGCGCUGCCGUGCCUACACACUGCGGUACUACUACCACCCCGGGACCGCCCAGUGCCUGCGGUUCGUGUACGGAGGCUGCGGGAGUAACGGGAACAACUUCGGGACCCUGGCGGAGUGCCAGCGGCAGUGCGGCGGCGCCUCGGACCCUCCCCAGGCCGCUCCAGACGUCUGCAGUCUCCCGCUGGAUGCCGGGCCAAACUGUGGCCAGUUUCAAGUCGGGUACUACUACCGGUCGGAAGACGAGGAGUGUCAUCUUUAUCUCCACGGCGGUUGCCAAGGCAACGGAAAUAGCUUCGUCAGCAAGAGCGCAUGUGAGGCCCGGUGUAAACCAGCUACAUGUGCCCCGUGUUCUAACCGUUGGAGCCUGUCCGAGAGCUACUGUCACAGCGGCUUCGUGAUCACCGGAAGAGUGACGAGUAUCCGGCGGGUCGGCUCAUUUGACGACAGGAGCAUCGUACAGGUGCGCGUUACCCAGACGCACCGCGGCGGCGGCCUCGUUCUGGACGGGCGCACGCGCACUGCCAUGAUCAUCACCGACGACCAGUUUGCGGAAUGCGCAUGCCCAAAGUUAUCUGAAGGAAAUGACUACAUUCUGAUGGGCAGAGUGAACGGAGGGUACGGCAUGGUUUCCAGGUGGAGCUACGUACGACCGUUGGACAACGCCGCCUACCGGGAGCUGAUGAAUAUGCACCACUCUGGCAACCCCUGCAGGGGUUACGGGCGCUGAGUAGAGAU